CCCUGCCCCGAAGGGGUCCUCGGGGAAGAGCAGCGCGGACGCCGGGCUUUCCUGACAAAGCGCUUUGUCGCCGCGUCGCCUCACGCGGGGAAAGCCGAGGCCCGGGGGAGGUGUGAAUAAUUAUCCAUCUGCAGAUGUUGAGAUGCGAACAGUUUAAUCAUGCCUCUGCUUGUGGGUGUGCAGAAAAAGAGUUAACAACAGGCCUGCCUACCAUCCUUUGGCUGAUGUCUGAGAACUUGGAUUUUGAGUUUACACCAUUCCCAGAACUGGAAGAAGAAGCAGGACGGGUAAAAGGUUGCUGGGACAACCAGGAAGCACCUGCGCUCUCCACGUGCAGCAACGCCAGCAUCUUUCGAAGGAUAAAUGCCAUAUUGGACAAUUCUCUGGAUUUCAGCAGAGUCUGCACUACACCCAUAAACCGAGGAAUUCAUGAUCAUUUGCCAGACUUCCAGGACUCUGAAGAAGCAGUUACAAGAAGGAUGCUUUUCCCCACCUCUGCGCAAGAUUCUUCCCGUGGCCUCCCAGAUGCAAAUGACCUGUGCCUUGGCCUGCAGUCCCUCAGUCUCACGGGCUGGGACCGGCCCUGGAGCACCCAGGACUCGGAUUCCUCAGCCCAGAGCAGCACACACUCGGUACUGAACAUGCUCCACAACCCACUGGGCAGUGUCCUGGGGAAGCCCCCCUUGAGCUUCCUGCCUCUGGACCCCCUUGGAUCUGACCUGGUGGACAAGUUUCCAGCACCAUCGGCCAGAGGAUCCCGCCUGGACACCCGGCCCAUCCUGGACUCCCGUUCCAGCAGCCCCUCUGACUCAGACACCAGUGGCUUCAGCUCUGGAUCAGAUCAUCUCUCAGAUCUGAUUUCUAGCCUUCGAAUUUCCCCUCCUCUGCCCUUCCUGUCUCUGACAGGGGGUGGUCCCAGAGACCAUUUAAAGGUGGGGGUCGGGUCCCGGAUGGACCAAGAGCAGGCUGCUCUGGCGGCAGUGACUCCCUCGCCAACCAGUGCAUCAAAGAGAUGGCCAGGAGCUUCUGUGUGGCCAUCCUGGGACCUCCUCGAAGCUCCCAAAGACCCCUUCAGCAUAGAGAGGGAGGCUAGGCUACACCGACAGGCUGCAGCUGUGAACGAAGCGACCUGUACCUGGAGCGGCCAGCUUCCUCCCCGGAACUACAAGAGCCCCAUCUACUCCUGCAAGGUGUUCCUAGGAGGGGUUCCUUGGGAUAUUACGGAAGCUGGAUUGGUUAACACCUUCCGUGUUUUUGGCUCUUUGAGUGUGGAGUGGCCUGGGUAUGUGUACCUGGUCUUUGAAAUGGAGAAGUCUGUGCGGGCCCUGCUGCAGGCUUGUUCUCGUGACCCACUGAGCCCAGAUGGCCUGAGCGAAUACUACUUCAAGAUGUCCAGCCGCAGGAUGCGCUGUAAGGAGGUGCAAGUAAUCCCCUGGGUCUUAGCUGACAGCAACUUUGUCCGGACCCCGUCUCAGAGACUCGACCCCAGCAGGACUGUGUUUGUGGGUGCCUUGCACGGGAUGCUCAAUGCUGAGGCCCUCGCUGCCAUCUUGAACGACCUGUUUGGUGGAGUGGUGUAUGCUGGGAUUGACACGGAUAAGCACAAGUAUCCCAUUGGGUCUGGUCGCGUGACUUUUAAUAACCAGCGUAGUUACCUGAAAGCGGUCACUGCUGCUUUUGUGGAGAUCAAAACCACCAAGUUCACCAAGAAGGUUCAGAUUGACCCUUACCUAGAAGAUUCUCUGUGUCAUAUCUGCAGUUCUCAGCCUGGUCCUUUCUUCUGUCGAGAUCAGGUGUGCUUCAGAUACUUCUGCCGGAGCUGCUGGCACUGGAGACACAGCAUGGAGGGUCUGCGUCACCACAGCCCCCUGAUGCGGAACCAGAAGACCCGGGAUGCCAACUAGAGGAGCUGGCCUUGCCCGCCGGCCUGUUUCGCCCAAGACAGGGAGGUCAGGCGGUAGCCUGCACCCCCUGCCACUGGCGACUAGGAAGCUGGCUUCCCGAGGACAAGGGAAAAAUUGUAGUCACCUUUGCACUUGCUGAAUCUGUCUUUGUUUCUGCACUAAUUAAUGCACAAUGAGUUUUGUCGGGUUUUGUUUUCAGGGGCUGUGCCAAGGCAAGGACCUUCUGGCCCAGCUCCAAGUGACUCUGUAGUUUUCCCAGAUUUUAGUUCCUCAUUUUGCCAAUGAAAAGCAAAAAAGAACUACGUGUCCAGAAGGUAUUGACACGACGCCUACAACUAGGUUUAUUUAUUAAAGCGCUUUUCUACAUUCCUCGCAAUACUGGUGGUGAUGAUGCGCAGGCCCGGUUGGUCUCACCCUUGCAGUUGCCAUACAGUGCCUUUCCAUUUAUUUACCCCCACCUGAACGGCAUAAACUGAGUGUUCAGCUGGUGUUUUUUACUGUACACAACAAGGAGACUUUGCUCUUCAUUUAAACCAAAAUCAUAUUUCAUAUUUUACGCUCGAGGGUUUUUACCGGUUCCUUUUUACACUCCUUAAAACAGUUUUUAAGUCGUUUGAAACAAGAGAUUUUUUUUUUUUUUCUUUCCUGGCAGCUUUUAACAUUAUAGCAAAUUUGUGUCUGGGGGACUGCUGGUCACUGUUUCUUACAGUUGCAAAUCAAAAGUAUUUGCAACCAAGAAAAAAAUUUUUUUGGAUUUGAAACUGGACCGGAUAAACGUGUUUGAGCGGCUGCUCUAUAUAGUUUUAAUGGUUUAUUGCACCUUCUUAAGUUGCACUUAUGUGGGGGGGAGGGUUGAUAGAAGUUUUUAAUCACAAAGUCAAAGGACUUUUUCUUUUUGUAACUGAGCUACAAAGGGCUGCUUUUUGGUGGGGCAGGUGAAGGCUCACAGGAGCCCUUUCUCUUAGAGGGACAAGUACCCUUCCCUUACUUCUCUCAUUUCAGAAAUGUAUGAAGCAACAGUUGCAGUUACUGAAAUGCUACUGGAAUUUGAAAACUUGACUUUUUUUUUCUUUUUUUAAAAAACAAAACUACUUGCCCCUCUUUGGGAAGCUGUGUGCCAAAGAACCAGUGUCAUGACCCUCCCCCCACCCCCGCUGAGCUGACGUGGCAUUGUUGCAUAUCCCAGCUACUCUGUGGGUUUGUGAAGCUGUGUGAAGUCUCUACCUCAUUGUAGUAUAUGCAGGCAAGACUGCGCUCUCCUACAGGUGUGUGGGGUAAGCUGUGGUGUAGUUUUUUUGGCACAUAAUAAACACGUUGCAGCAGAGUUCUGGUUUUGUUUCUG